AUGAGUAUGAAUCUCCGCCUGAGCUACCCCCAAGACGCCAAGUGCUGUCCUAGCAGCCCAUUGAAUAUUCUUGUGGUCGCCGCGAGACAGUGGCCGCGCAGCCAUUCAACCACGCACACGGCACGCACACGGGAGAGAGAGGGAGCAGCCAUGGCCGCCGCCUUGUACUACCACCCGGCCGCCGGGAAGGCGGGCCUCGAGGCGGUGGCCGCGUCCUCGCCGUCGCUGGCCCUGCGGCCGUCGCAGAGCAAGGUGCUGUGCGUGGGCAGCAGCCGGUGGUGGAUGAGGAGGAGGAGAUGGGAGGGGAAGGCGAGCGGCAUCAGCAUCAGCAGCAGCAGCAGCAGGGCGAGAGCAAGGGCGAGGCCUGCCUUGUUCUCUCCCGUCGCCAUGGAGUGGCAGGAGUGCACGACUGAACUUGAAGUUGAUGUUCCAUGUUCGGUUGCCUAUCAGUGUUACUCAGAACGUGAGAGCAUUCCUCAGUGGAUGCCAUUCAUCUCAUCUGUCAAGGUCCUGGAAGAUAAACCAGAUCUUUCACGCUGGAGUCUGAAGUAUGAGGUAUUUGGUCGGAAUGUAGAAUUCUCUUGGCUUGCUCGAAAUAUGACGCCAACUAAAAAUCAAAAGAUCCAUUGGCGGUCUCUUGAAGGCCUUCCUAAUAGAGGCGCUGUUCGCUUCUUCCCUAAAAGCCCAUCCUCUUGUAGAGUACAAUUGACUGUGGCGUAUGAGAUUCCUGAAAUUUUGGCUCCGGUUGGAUCAGCACUGAAACCAUUCAUGGAAGGCUUACUUCUUAAAGGUCUAGAACGCUUUGCGGCGUAUGCAAAGGAGCGUAACAGCAAGAUCCCUCAGCCUUGACGAUCGUUCCUCGUCUGCGUUCAAUGCUAGAUUUCAAGAAUUUGAUCAGUUUCAUUCCAGUGAAGCAUGAUGAUCCCAGAAGAUGAAAAGAUUAUGGUUGCAUAUUGUCACUGCAGAUGUAGUGAAAAUAAUGUACCUGACAGAGGAAUUCAGAGUGAAUAUCAUGGCCCAUAUAAAGCUUGAGUUCGGCUCUUAUUGUCACGUUA